UUUUAGUUGCUUUUCUUAAAUAAUUAAAGAUGUUUGAUUUGAUUAAUUUAAUUUGAACGGAGUGCAGUGCGCGUAAAUGAAUUUAUUAUUCGUAUGUAUAUUGUCAGCUGAAGUGUUGUGCUCAACUCAUCACAUUGAAUAAGAAGAAUAUAGUGUUGUAGUUGUAGUUCUGCACUGUGAUACCAAGGAGGCCGCUCAAAUGUGGCCUUUUCUAUGUUAUUUUUGGAUGAGUAUUUAAUGAGAGAAGUAGUAGUAGCAGCAGCAUCAUGGAAAGUGAGCGACUAUGCAUUCGACUGGACAAUCCAGAACGCAUUUUUUAUGCCGGCCAGGUCAUUCGUGGAGAGAUUUGGAUGAAUCUCAACAAGCGUACCAAAAUACGAGCUAUUAAAAUCCAGGUGACUGGCAAAGGCAAAUGCAAAUGGAUGGAAAUCUUGCGCAAAAACUCCAACAACAACGAAUACACGCGCAGCCUCUUCUACACCAGCAAAGAGAUCUACGAGCAUAGCGAAACGCCUCUGCCCGAAUUCGAACCUCGCGGGCUCGAACUGUCUCCUGGCGAGCACACUUUUAGCUUUAAUGUAGCGCUGGGUCGUGAGUUGCCCUCGAGCUUCCGCGGUAGCCAUGGCAGCAUCAAGUACAAGAUGCGUGUCCUCAUUCAAAGACCCUGGACUUUUGAUGAACGGCACACUAUACCGUUUACGGUUGUGAAGAAUAUGCCUUUGCCAUCGACAUAUCGCAAUAAUCCCACUCCGCUGGAGAAGCAAAUCACCAAGACAAUUAGCCUAUUUGGCACUCGGCCCAUUACCAUGCUGGCCCUGCUGCCCGAGGACUUUGCCGUACGCGGCGAACCAUUGAGAAUCUGCGUAACCGUCAUGAACAACAGCACGACGAAUGUGGAGAAGCUGCGCUUCAACAUACUGCAGUACGUCACUUACUACAGUCAUGUGCCGUUGCGUGUGCAAAAGGUCGAGUGCAUUGCGAUCGCCAGCAAGGAGACGGGUGCGGUGAGCAAGAAGAGCGAACGGAGCUUUGCCCACGAGCUGCUGAUGCCGGACACGGCGCAGCCAACAGAUGAGCAGUUCAGCGGCGUCAUAACCAUAUCCUACGAGCUGCGCGUUGAGGCUGUCCUGCGUGGGUUCUUUAAGAAUUUGGUGCUCAACUUGCCGUUCAAGGUCUACUCGCAGGAUGUUUCCGCCAGGCUGGGCUCGGUGCGUCCGUCGCUGCCGCCACGUCCUGACAAUGGUCCUCCGGGGAUUGAUGAGGUUGCGGCUGUGGCGGCCGCUCCUGCGCCUGGUAAUCCCAUCGAUCCAGCUGUUCCUGCAUCUGUGUAUCCAACACUAGAUUCUUCCAUUGGCUCGCCAUCGCAUUCGUCGGUGUAUAGCGAGUGCAGUUCCUUGAACUCCACCGCCUCGGACUCCACGCUGAGUCCGGCCGUUGGUGGCGUGGAGCUGUCCUACACAUCCGGCUCGCAAUCGUCGCAGUUUGGCAGCCCCUCGGCCCGGGCCAGCCUGCGCAGCAGCUCCAAUGUGCCCUACAUGCCUUAUGCUUCCAGCCCGCUGAUGGUGCAAUCGUAUCCACCGCCGCAUCUGCCCCCGUACCCGUUGCCCGAGUCGCCGCAGUAUACGCUGCUUGCCUUGACGCCUCCGCCAGCGCAGCCUCCAGCUGGAGCCAGUGGCUAUAGCCAACUGCCGUCCACGUCGGCAGCAUCUGGUUCAUAUAUGCAGUCCCGCCACCAAGCCGGCGCGCACGCAUUGCCUCCCUCCUACGACGAGCUCUUUGGCAGCGCCAACGCUCCGCCGGAAUCGCCGAAGUAAACUGACGAAUCGCCCCCACAUACAUAUAAAGUUCAUGCCGCCCAGUUAUAUCUAAGCUUUGCCUCGAAUCGCAUCAGGAUUACUUUAGAGUGCUUGCCACCACAUAUGCCUACGUAACCAUUUUCUGGAGUUGUGAAAUGUAACGUAUCUCGAAUCAUCAGCAAGCGCACAAUUGCCAUCAACACAACUGUUCACACAAACUAUUUACAAUACGCAUCAUUGUAAAGCACUGAUUGAAUAUGAAAUUCAUACUUAUUUACAUACAUAUACAUACAUGUAUAUAUGUAUUAUGUAUACAUAAUUUCAAUAUUUAACUUAUGAUUAAGUUGUACGUAAGAUAUUCAAAUGUAAUAUUUCAGAAAUCGAUCAGCAAUUACUUUGCCUUCGCGUAGUCGCGUCGACUCCUUUAAAGUAACGCCAAUUUUGUGUUCGCACCUUUGUAUAAGGCGUAACAGUUUUUCAUGACCUACCGAAUAGUUAGCUUAUUGGCUUGAAAUCAUAUUCGAAAUAUUUCAACAAAUUAUUAGUCGUAACGCAGUGUAUUCGAAUAUUGAAUAUUAGUUAAACGAAUUUUACACUGAAUUUUACAUCGUUAACUUAAGGUACGUCUCAAGCAUCAUCAAGUAUUUUAUUUAUUUUUCUUAUUUUUAUAUUUUCAUGUUUAAUCUAAUGCACAAACUCAGUUUUGUUCAAUCGAUUUAUGCUUUAUUUUUAUGACAGCCAACUGUUUUCAGGAAGACGAAACAUUUUCAUUUCACUUUUAGCUAGGCCGAAACAUCAAAUAUUUUAUU